AUGAGGAAUAGGGUGCGUCUGCUGGAAGGAGGAAGCAAAGGCCAGAGCAGUGCGGAGCCUGCCCGCUGGAGGAGGAGUCACAUCCCCAGCGCCCGCCGCCUGGAACCGGUGCACGUGGCCCUGUUCCGAGACCCGAUCUCUGCAGGGGGAGGUGAGGGCGCCUGGGGACCCGCCCCGUCUUCACAGAGCACCCCGCCCCCAGCUCUGUGUCCCGCGGGUGGAAGUGAGGGCGGCGCGCCGUCGGGGCGCAGGGCCGGCCCGCGCAGGCGCCGGGAGUUCUGGAUGGGAAGCGCGGCCGCAUCUGUUUGCUCUCAGCCUCCGCCCGCUGCUGGGCUUUCUCACCCGCUGUGGGCGGAGGGUUCCGGGAACUCGCUCUGCCCUGACCGACAGCAGCGGAGAAACUGCAGCCUGCGACUCCGACUGGAGGGCGCCCGGGCUGCUGGCCUCCGGGCCUCACGCAUCCCAUCGUGGUUCUGGCUCUCCCCAGCCAGGCCCCGCCCCAUCUGGCUUCAGCCUCACUGCAUCCAACUUCCCUUCACGCUCACGUCGGAUGUAAACCCACGUCCACAGCAGGGGCUCCGCCUCUCCGCCUUUCUCACCCGGGCGGGUCAGAACAGCCCAGACACUCAGGCCAAGGCCGUGAGUCACCCCGAUCGUGUGUCUCGCUGGAACUCCUGCCCAGCCUCUGCGCCCACCGAGGCCGGCUCUCCAGGUCUGUCCCGCCCCGGCCUCUGCCGGCCCCAAGGCCUCGCCGGCACUCAGGAGUCAGCCUUCCGCACCGCCUACAUGACAGUGAAGUGA